ACGCUUGGCGCGGCCCCCGCCACACGCGCGCACACACACGCGCGCACACGCACACACACGCGCAGACACACACACACUCCCGCGCGCAUCCUGCCGCCAGCCCUGCUGCCCGCUCGCCCGCUCCGGAGCCCGCUGUGGCCGAUUGUUCUUUGCUGAAGAACCCUCCUGGCCCUGGCCCUGGCCCCAGAUGGCACCUCUCCCCAUGCAGACACCUUUGGAAUGAAGUUUGAGGGAGCUAGGAGUGAGAGAGAGAACCAAACCGCUGAUGACUCCGAGGGAGGGACCCUGGACAUGUGCUGCAGUGAGAGGCUGCGGGGUCUUCCCCAGCCGGUAGUGAUGGAGGCACGGGAGGAGGCCGAAGGGCCCCCAAGCAAGCAGAGAGAGAUGCCACCUCCCCCACUGCCCCCGCCGCCCUCAGAGCCAGCUCAGAAGCCACCACCUCAAGGAGCUGGGAGCCACGCCCUCACUGUCAGAGGCAGCCUGUGCCUUUUCGCUGCCUCUCAGUUCCUGCUUGCCUGCGGGGCACUCUGGCUCAGUGGCUAUGGCCACUCCUGGCUGCAGAACGCCACAGACCUCCUCUCCUCGUUCACACUGCUGAACCAACUGGGAGCCACGGCCUGGCUGGGUGCUGGGACUUGGGGGCUGCCCGUCCUGCUGUUGGUCUCUCUGUCUGUGGGCCUGGUUGCGGUCACCACGCUGGUGUGGCACCUCCUGAAGGGCCCCUCAGAGCCACCCACCCCACUGCUCCCAGAGGACAGACGCCAGUCAGUGAGCCGCCAGCCUUCCUUUACCUACUCGGAGUGGAUGGAGGAAAAGGUGGAGGAUGACUUCCUGGACCUGGACCAAGUGCCUGAGACACCUGUGUUUGAUUGUGUGAUGGACAUCAAGCCUGAGGCUGACCCUGCCUCUCUGACCGUCAAGUCCAUGGGUCUGCAGGAGAGGAGGGGCUCCAAUGUCUCCCUGACCUUGGACAUGUGUACUCCCGGCUGCAAUGAGGAGGGCUUCGGCUAUCUUGUGUCCCCACGUGAGGAGUCAGCCCAUGAGUACCUGCUCAGUGCUUCCCGCAUCCUCCGGGCUGAGGAGCUGCACGAAAAGGCCCUGGACACCUUCCUGCUGCAGGCAGAGUUCUUUGAAAUCCCCAUGAACUUUGUGGAUCCAAAAGAGUAUGACAUCCCUGGGCUGGUGCGGAAGAAUCGGUACAAAACCAUCCUUCCCAAUCCUCACAGCAGAGUGUGCCUGACCUCACCAGACCCUGAAGACCCUCUGAGUUCCUACAUCAAUGCCAACUACAUCCGGGGCUACAGCGGGGAGGAGAAAGUGUACAUCGCCACGCAGGGACCCAUUGUCAGCACAGUGGCCGACUUCUGGCGCAUGGUGUGGCAAGAGCACACGCCCAUCAUUGUCAUGAUCACCAACAUCGAGGAGAUGAAUGAGAAAUGCACCGAGUACUGGCCGGAGGAGCAGGCGGUACACAGUGGCGUGGAGGUCACUGUGCAGAAGGUCAUCCACACAGAGGAUUACCGCCUGAGGCUCAUCUCCCUCAGGAGAGGGACUGAAGAGCGAGCCCUGAAGCACUACUGGUUCACAUCCUGGCCUGACCAGAAGACCCCAGACCGGGCCCCUCCACUUCUGCACCUGGUACAGGAGGUGGAAGAGGCAGCUCAGAGUGAGGGGCCUCACUGUGCCCCCAUCAUUGUCCACUGCAGUGCAGGGAUUGGGAGAACCGGCUGUUUCAUUGCCACCAGCAUCUGCUGCCAGCAGCUACGACAUGAGGGUAUGGUGGACAUCUUAAAGACCACGUGCCAGCUCCGUCAGGACAGGGGUGGCAUGAUCCAGACCUGUGAGCAGUACCAGUUUGUGCACCACGUGAUGAGCCUCUAUGAGAAGCAGCUGUCACACCAGUGCCCAGAGUGACCACACUGUCCCUUUGAGGUCCUCCAGGCACGGCACGGCCUGAGUCUGGCCCUUACCCCAGCUGCCCCUUCCUCUUCCUUCUCUCCAGUCUGCCCUCUUCCUCUGUUUUCCUGGCCGGGCCCUGACCUCUGUAGCUCUAACCUACUGUAUAUCCUGGGAAGUGGAAGGCAUGAGAGGAAUGCGCCAGGCCAGACCUGGGGCCCUGAUUCUGACCCACACCAUGAAGACCUGGGGCCUCAUUUUUAAUGAUGGUUCCUUUGCUACUUGUUCCCAAACAUUUCCAUCCCUCCCUCCAAGUGUCCUGCCACAGCGUGUUCUGUCUGUCCAUCAUCUCUGCUAUCUGUACCGGACACUGUGUCUCCUCAGCCGGGAAAGGGGCACUGUGCUGAGCUCCAGUACCCAGGGCCCCAGACAGAAGUGCCUGAUUGGGCCCCUCAGCUUCUCCCAGAAAAAGGAUUACACUUUACCACCAGGAUGGAGAGAACAGAAAAAGAGGACCUGGAGACCAGGCAAGGGAAGCUCCUGAGGGGUUUGCUGAAAGACCCCAGCUACAGGAAGUCCCCGGGCUAGUGUGGACAUCAGAGCCUGGGUGGCCUCUGGGUGUCAGGUGCCCUCAGGAGGCAAUGACCAGCCUGAGACUAGAGAGGAAGAGGACAGAUAGGAGUGGGGAGUCCAGAAGAGCCAGUCCUGGGCAGGGACUCAGCCCAGGUCUGUGUGAGACAUUUUUCUGUGUCACUAUGGGAAAGCCUGGAAGUAUCACUGCGUGUCGCUCUGCGUGUGUCCCCGUGUCCAUGCGUGUGUUGAGAGCCCAUCAGAAGGGCAUGCAUGACUCUGGCAGCAUGUGUUAUCUUGGAGCCACGUGUUUUUAAUUGCUGACUUUAAAUAUUUAUUCCACGGCAGAGAGAGACAUUUGGUGUCUUUUUAUAAUUCGCUCAUGGUCGUUAAAUAGAGCAAUAAACAGAGCAUUUUGAGCAAAA